AUGACGAGCACGCCGACGCCUUCAUGCACACAGGAUACAGCUGCUCGAUCGCCGGGGCGGACUUCACAUACUGCAGCAACGUCUCAGAGACUCAAGAAGAGAGAGUACGAUCGCAAAGCCCAAAGAGUUGCUCGCGAAAAAACGAAGAACCGAAUAGCUCAGCUCGAGAGCCUGGUGGAGAAAUUGAGCCAUCAAGAUGACACUGCUACCACGGCAUCGCUCAUGGCGGAGUUGUCAAAGGUUACUGAACAGAGGAAUAAGCUUAUGAGAUGUCUUAAAACAACGUCUUCUCUAUUUAACGAUCAUGUGAAGGAGGCCGAAUCAUGGGGUUCAACGGGGAUGGUCUGUGACAUACCUUCUCCACCAAAGCCGCCAUUGAUUGAAGAAGUUUCGCCGAAGCAUCCGAGCCCAGGAUCCUCAACUUCUCCAGCAUACUCAUCAGCGCCUGUCUUUGAUGGCUCAACCGACGAUGUUCUUGAGAGGGAAAUAGGGGAUGACAUGGAUAGCUUCAUGGACGAAUCUUCUCUUGACAUCAGCCAACUACUAGGCGACUCAAUGUUUCAGCCAGACUUCACAGCGCCUGUGCCAUUAGAAGACACGCAUGAGCGACAGAUGACGGCCGUUACGCUCGAUACACCCACCCCAAGGAAGAAGCAGCAACUCACCACAAAACACCGACAACAUGCGUCUAAAUGCCAUUGCUCGUCAACCACCCGAGUCCGACGACUCUCGGAUGGCUCACAAGGAGAGACUAUCGAGGAUGUUCCUGUCCACGCCGUGCUUCACGGCUGGGACAGCAUAGCCCACUCGGGCAGGAUGACGCCUUUAUGGAGGAAAGUUCGCCAGCUCGAUGAACUGUGUUUCUCGGCAUGUGGUCAGGCAGAACGCCUUGCUGUUCUUUUCAUUAUCCAUCUUCUUAUGAGGGCAUAUGCAGAUCCGACGCUGGUGAAGUCUGCAGUCGUACCGAUGUGGUAUCUCAAGUCGCCGUUGCAAGAGAUUUCCCACGACCCAUCAGCUGAUUACUUCGCCUGGCCAGCAUUGAGGUACCGAUUCGCUGUAGCGCCACACCGGUACUGUAGCAAUCUGUUCUGGCACAUGUUCAAAGAACACUUACGAAUAGUAUGGCCAUACGAUUUUCGUGACUGUUAUACCAGGAACAUGCAACUGGGAACAUAUGGCCUUUCGCCUUUAUUCAAAGAGAAGAUCCACGACUUGAGAUCUUGGACAAUGGCACCAGACUUUUUUGCCCAAUUUCCUGAGUUAAUGCAGGAUAUACCAAAGUUUCCGGGUCAACCGUCAAGGCCGGCGAGAAAUGAUGGCGAGGAUGAAAGUCAAUCUCCAAGAACCGAUAACGACAUGAAGAACCGCGUCUUAUUCCCCACAUCUUCUCAUGUAAGCGGCUUGUUUUUGAGCGAGCUCGGGAUCGACAGCGUCACAGAUUGCUUCGACUUCUGA